AUGGGUGAAAAUGGUAAAGAUUAUAAUGGAGAUCAAAAUGGUGGUAAAAAUAUGCCUGUGACUAAUGUGAACAAGCCAGAGGUUGUCCUUAAUGGGGAGAAAGAAAAUGAUGAUGAGUCAAAAUCCUUGCUGCCAUCAAGGAGAGGUGGUUUGUCAAAGGAGUCAGGGAAGCCACGGAGGAAAGUGCAGUGGAACGAUAGAAAUGGAGAUAAGCUUGUCCAGGUGUUGGAAUUCCAACCAAGUGAUGUGAGCGACUCUGAUGACGAGGAUUCAGAUUCUUGCAUGUGUAUUUUAAUGUAG